UGCGAGACGAGAGACAGAUGCGCUCUCUGCAUGCAUCCCGUCUUCAACAGGGGGAGCACAGCCACGGAACGAGCGGUCGAACAGCAUGAGGUGAGGGAUUCUUCCGCUCAUCAUAUCUAAGCAGAAAAGGGACCAUGAAAGCAGAAGACCGGAGAUUUGAGCAGCUGUAUCAUCCUACGGAUACUUCAGGCAUUCGUUCACUCUAAAAGCGUUCACUUCUUACCGACGUUGAAUGACGAGGCGGAAUGGCAGGUGGACGUCGAGGACUUGUGGCCCCACAAAACACUUUUCUCGAGAACAUCGUCCGACGAUCCAAUGAUACCAACUUUGUUCUGGGCAAUGCCCAGAUUGUGGACUGGCCCAUUGUGUACAGCAACGACGGCUUCUGCAAGCUCUCCGGUUACCACCGUGCUGAGGUCAUGCAGAAGAGUAGCACCUGCAGUUUCAUGUAUGGGGAGCUCACAGACAAGGAGACGGGUGAGAAAGUGCAACAGACCUUUGAGAAUUAUGAGAUGAAUUCGUUCGAAAUUCUCAUGUAUAAGAAGAAUCGGAUGCCGGUGUGGUUCUUUGUGAAGAUCGCUCCUAUCAGGAAUGAGCAGGACAAGGUGGUGUUGUUUCUGUGCACGUUCAGUGACAUCACUGCAUUCAAACAGCCCAUUGAGGAUGACUCUGUGAAAGGAUGGGGUAAAUUCGCUCGGCUCACCCGGGCCCUGACGAGCAGUCGUGGAGUGUUGCAGCAGCUGGCACCCACCGUCCAGAAGGGCGAGAACGUCCACAAGCACUCUCGUCUGGCUGAGGUCCUCCAGUUGGGCUCAGACAUCCUCCCACAGUACAAGCAGGAGACGCCUAAAACUCCUCCCCACAUCAUCCUCCACUACUGCGCCUUCAAGACCACCUGGGACUGGGUCAUCCUCAUCCUGACCUUCUACACAGCCAUCAUGGUGCCCUACAACGUCUCAUUCAAGACCAAGCAGAACAACGUCACCUGGCUGGUGGUGGACAGCAUCGUGGAUGUCAUCUUUCUGGUGGACAUCGUGCUCAACUUCCAUACCACAUUUGUGGGGCCUGCCGGAGAGGUCAUCUCGGACCCCAAGCUGAUCCGGAUGAACUACGUCAAGACGUGGUUCGUCAUCGACCUGCUCUCCUGCCUGCCGUACGACGUCAUCAACGCCUUCGAGAACGUUGACGAGGGGAUCAGCAGUCUCUUCAGCUCCCUCAAAGUAGUCCGUCUGCUCCGCUUGGGCCGGGUGGCCCGUAAACUGGACCACUACAUUGAGUACGGUGCCGCUGUCCUAGUCCUGCUGGUGUGCGUCUUUGGCCUGGCCGCCCACUGGUUGGCCUGCAUCUGGUACAGCAUCGGCGACUACGAGGUCAUCGACGAGAACACCAACAGCGUGAGGAUGGACAGCUGGCUCUACAUAUUGAGCGAAUCGGUGGGGACGCCGUACCGCUUCAACGCCAGUGGCUCCGGGAGGUGGGAGGGCGGGCCUAGCAAGGACUCGGUCUACAUCACUUCCCUCUACUUCACCAUGACCAGCCUGACCAGCAUCGGCUUCGGCAACAUCGCCCCCACCACCGACGGAGAAAAGCUCUUCGCCGUGGCAAUGAUGAUGAUCGGAUCACUCCUGUAUGCAACCAUCUUCGGUAAUGUGACCACCAUCUUCCAGCAGAUGUACGCCAACACCAACCGCUACCACGAGAUGCUUAACAGCGUCCGCGACUUCCUCAAGCUUUACCAGGUGCCCAAGGGCCUCAGCGAACGCGUCAUGGACUACAUUGUCUCCACAUGGUCCAUGUCUAGAGGCAUCGAUACAGACAAGGUGUUGCAGAUUUGCCCCAAGGACAUGCGGGCGGACAUUUGUGUCCAUCUUAACAGAAAGGUGUUCAAGGAGCACCCAGCCUUCCGACUGGCGAGCGAUGGGUGCCUACGGGCCCUGGCCAUGGAGUUCCAGACCACCCACAGCGCCCCCGGGGACCUCAUCUACCACGCGGGCGAAAGCGUAGACAGCCUCUGCUUCGUGGUAUCCGGAUCCUUGGAGGUCAUCCAGGACGAUGAGGUUGUGGCCAUAUUAGGAAAGGGGGACGUGUUUGGGGACGUCUUCUGGAAGGAGGUGACCCUAGCCCAGGCUUGCGCCAACGUUCGGGCCUUGACCUACUGCGACCUCCACGUCAUCAAGCGUGACGCUCUGCAGAAAGUUCUGGAGUUCUACAUGGCCUUCUCCAACCACUUCUCCCGCAACCUGCUGCUCACCUAUAACCUCAGAAAGAGGAUAGUGUUCCGGAAGAUCAGUGAUGUGAAACGCGAGGAAGAGGAGAUGCUCAAGAGGAAUAACGAGGCCCCUCUGAACCUUCCUCCGGACCACCCCGUCCGUCGCCUCUUCCAGCGCUUCCGGCAGCAGAAGGAGGCGCGACUGGCAGCGGAGCGAGCCAGUCAGGGGGAGCCACCGGACGUGGAGAAGGGCAUCGUCCAACUGGAGCCAACCAAGGUCCAGGAGGUCCUCGCCUCUACCAGCAUCAUCAUGGUGACCGAGAGCCCUGCCACUCCCACAGCUUCGUCCACAUCGUCGUCUUUGUCCUCCAGGCCUUCUAGCCGAGUCAUGCUUCAUGCCCCCGCCAUCCAAAACGGAAACCUCGUAGGCUGCAAGUCCGCAGAGCCUCCACCAAAGACCAAAAAGGGCUGGGGUCGUUUCAAAGAGUCUGUUGUGAAAGCAGAGUCGUGGAGCAGCGUUUCUAACGCCGAGUCCAUGGAGACCUUGCCGGACAGGACUAAGUCCCAUAACGAGAUGUCUCUCAAGAAGACAGACUCUUGUGACAGCGGUAUUACUAAGAGCGACCUGCGCUUAGAUAACGUGGGUGACGCCCGCACUCCACAGGACCAGAGCCCUGUGCAGUCAGAAGGGAAGCUGGUUGUUUGUCCUAUACCCGUACAGACCAUGCACGCCUCUUUCCUGGAGCUGAAGCAGCAACUUAGGGGAGACAUCGGGUCUCUAAAUGGCCGCAUGGCGGUGGUGGAGGCACAGCUGGCCGAGAUGCUUCAACUGCUCAAAUCGAAAAAGACCUCUGGUUCAAGAAAGGCCUCUCGCUCAUCCAGUUUCUUUGAGAUGUCACGACCGGCAUCCCCCGAUUCCGAUAAGGACAACAGCUUCUCACAAUCUUGACACUGCAUGUUUUGUCAGUCUAUGCAGUGUUUCCCAACUCCAGUCCCCGAGUAACCCCAACAGUACACAUUUUUGUUGUAGCCCCAGACAAGCACACCUGAUUCAACUAAUUAUCAAGCCCUCAAUGAGUUGAAUCAAGUGAGUUUGUCCAGUGCAAUACCAAAAAUGUGUGCUGUUGGGGGUACUAGAACUGGAGUUGGGAAACAUUGGUCUAUGGGACAUGAAGUGAAUACAUCCUAGAGUUCAUCCAGGAGCUGGCUGCGGUGUGGCAAAAAUGUGAGAAAGGUUUUGUGAAGACUUGGGCAGUAAGAUGUUCCCAAAUUAGUAUAGAUGAAUAUGAGGGAUUUUCUUACCCUUCUUUUAUUAUUAUUAGAUAUAGGGGUAAUCUGGAUCAAAAAUGCACAUCUGGAUUAUCUCUGCACCUUGAGGUACAUACUGUGCGAUAUUCCAUGGAUCUACUUUUGUAGGGGGUUGUUUUAGUUUUAAGAAUAACUUGGUCACAUAUUUCUCGUGGUAAAAUGACUAAACCCUUAUGGAGGUUUGUGCACUCGUAAUUGAAAUUAGGAAUAAUAUUUUAUUGCAUUUAUAUAUCGAGUUUUUCACCGGGUCUCAAAGCACUUCACUUUGCAGGGGGUGAUGUGGCCAUGAUAACAUGAGCAGUGUGGAGCAACAGCGAAGACGCACAUAUCUAAAAUGGCAUUUUCCAUAAAUGGAUUUGCUUUCAUUUUUUGUCAAAGAUUAAUGCAUUAUUGGGAUAAAAUACAAUCUUGUAAAUAAUGAUGGAUUGUUAUGUUGGAUAUCCAUCACUGCCCAAUGGCAGCGUAUACAUGUACGUGAGCACAGUUGCACAAUAUAUGAAAGCAUACCAUGUGUGGUAUAUUUUCAGGGGGAAAGCUGGAUAUUUUGGAUUUUGUUGUGUGGUAAAUGUCCUCACAUGAUAACAUGUUUGGUCAUUAUAAUACUGUAUGUUGCUAAAUUAAAGUUACACCAAAAAUACAUGUUAGAGCCAUUUUUUAAAGUACACGUUUUCACCCCAUCCAACCGUUAUGUUAUUUGGUUUUGUCCAGUCAACAACCAAACAAAUGUUGCUAUGCUAGCUCAAAGCACGCAUUGGCAACAACUGUAAACUUGUGUAGUAAAGCAACUUUUGCACAGAAAUACCUUGAAAGCAUUGUGGCUUGUUAUUUACACCAUUGCUCUCUCCUUGUGGUAUUAAAAUGGAGGAAAAAUCAUGAUUGUGAACUUUCAAUGUAUGGUGGAAAUCAUGGUAUCUUUUCAACCAUAUUUUGUGAGUUUCUAGUAAACAUCCAUCUUAAAUUGUCAUGGGAAGAAAUCAAAAUGAAUGUCUCGAUUAUGAAACCGUUGUGCAUUUCUGGUCAUCACUGUUGAUAUAAUAUGCAAAGUAUUGCCAUCUACAGUAUAUUGUGUCUUUAGCAUUUGUAUUGCAAUGUUAAAGGAGUAAAAGGAGAUACAGGUACAGAAUUAUUGGAACCCUUAAUAAAGAUGAGCAAAUAAGACUGUGUAUAAAAUAAAUAAUACAAAUACUGAGCUAUAUUGUAUGCCAAAUAAAUUGGGAAAAUUAUAUUUUAUACUAAUACAAUUGUUCAGAGAAAGAAGAUUUUGUUUAAUUAGUAAUAAUUGUUUUCUCUAAAAAAAGAUAGGGGUCAAUUAUUGGCACCCCUGUUUUUAAUAAUCCGGCACCCUCCCCCCUUGCGAGAAUAACAGGCACUGAGCCUUUUUCUGAAAUGUUUUCUGAGAUUGGAGAACUCAUUGGGAGGGAUCUUAGACCAUUCCUCCAUACAGAAUCUUUCCAGAUCCUUGAUAUCCUUUGUCUGCGCUAUAUGGAUUGCCCUCUUUAAUUCAAACCACAGGUUUUCAAUGGGGUUCAAGUCCGUAGACAGAUGGCCAUUGCAAAAUGUUG